AUGUUUUCCCUUGCACGGAAACGCCUCCAAGCUCAAUACCUCUUUCACCCAGCACCUCGAGUAGCUGCUCGAAGACUGCAGCCACACGUCCUCAAGAGCUGCCGUUGUCAAUCUACUAAUGUUGCACCGGAGCGGCCGCGUCUGCCACGGCCAAAAGCAUGGUUUAUCUGCUCAGCGACCCUGCUAGUGCUCUCUGGUGCAAGCUAUGUUGCAUACAAGCGAUACCAGCCGUUUCGUCAUACCAUUCUGGCGGUUGUGCGAUGUUCUAGAGUGGCAACAGAGGCGGCUGUUCUUGGAGCAACAGACUACAAAAUCAUGCUCUCAAAAACGUAUGACUCGAACGAGGCACUCCAGGAAGCAUACUCGCAGUGUCACAGGCGCAGCGCUGAGAGAGUCCUGAAGGCAUUACUGGCGAAUGGCGGCAUCUUCAUCAAGCUCGGCCAGCAUAUUGCAUCACUUGUAGUGCUUCCCAUAGAGUGGACAAGUACAAUGCGGCCACUCCAGGAUAAAUGCGAACCGACCCCGUACGAGGGAGUUGAGAAGCUGUUCCUGACCGACAUGCACCGUCCGCUAUCCGACUAUUUCGAUGACUUCGACCCUAUUCCGAUAGGCGUGGCGAGCUUAGCUCAAGUGCAUGUUGCGCGGUGGAAGGAGACGGGGGAGAGCGUCGCUGUAAAGCUCCAACAUCCGCACCUCGAGGAAUUCUGUGAGAUUGACAUGGAGAUGGUCGAGGUCUCCUUAGGAUGGAUAAAGCACUGGUUUCCCGACUUUGAGUUCACCUGGUUAGGCGAGGAAAUGCGAGAGAACCUGCCCAAAGAAAUGGACUUCAUGCAUGAGGCGUACAACGGAUUACGGGCCACGGACGAUUUCAGGGGUAUCCGGACAUCAUUGUACAUUCCCAGGGUGCUUCGCGCAGAGAAGAGAGUGCUCGUGAUGGAGUAUAUCCAAGGAGGACGCGUCGAUGACUUGGAGUACCUGGCAGAUCACGACAUCGACAGAAACAAGGUCGCACUUGAACUUGCGAGGAUAUUCGGACAAAUGGUGCACCUGAAUGGGUGGUUCCAUGCGGUUGGGCGCACAGGAAACUUGCUUAUCCGUCCGGCGCCAUCAACUUCGAAGUCACCAUACAACUUCGAGAUCGUCCUUCUCGAUCAUGGAUUGUACUUUGAUCUCGACAACGAGCUGCGGAUCAACUAUAGCAAGUUCUGGCUGGCGUUGAUUGCCCCUGCCACACCGCAGACCAUAGCAGACCGCAGGAAGUACGCGAAGUUGGUGGGCAACAUCGACGAUGACCUAUAUCCCGUAUUUGAGGCUGCUCUCACGGGCAGAGCAACUCUGGAAAACGAGGUUAAGGAAUCUACUGACGACGGCGGUUUCAAGCGCGCCUCCAGCAUCAUCGACCUCAGCAUUCAGACGGAAGCGGAAAUGGAGGCCAUCCGGAGCGCUGUGGUUCAGAAGGAGGGAUUGCUGCUCUCUGUGUUCGACGUGCUUAGGAGGGUGCCGCGACGGGUGCUAAUGGUCUUGAAGCUGAACGACUUAACGAGGAGUUUGGACCGGGCACUCGCGACGACUCACUCAAAUAUCCGAGUCUUCCUGGUGACUGCCAAGUACUGCACACGAGCUGUCUGGGAGGACAGCCGCAGACGGCUUAUCCUGCAGAUGCGCGAGAAAGGUCUGAUGUCACUACCCUUGUUGUACGACUAUUUCCGGGGCUGGUGGGGCUACCAGAAAAUGUAUCGCUCGCUGGUACUUGCAGAGACGUGGAUGGAUCUAGAGGCAUAUUUGAUCAAGACGAAGGCGUGGGUAUGGGGCCUGUUCGCCGUCGGGGGGCUGCAGGGAGCGCACCUGGCGGCGGCUGGGCUCGCUUAG